GCCACAAACUUCAUAGUCUGAGCUGGCAUCUGACUCAAAUCCUUACAGGUGGAAAGCUCCAACAUUGCUCGCCAUUUUUGUUGUACCACUAAUGUCAGGUUGGGGUUGUAAGCAAGCAGGAGAGAGUGUAAACAAAGGGAUGAUGGGAAACAAGGGCACACUUACUCUGUGCUAAUUUCUGAUGAACUUCUUGUGUUUUGCAGAAACUAUGUCCUAACAAACAAAUGUCCUUGAAAAUGACGUUUUAUUUUCAAUUUUAAAAAUGGUAUAAUCAUAACCAAAAGAACACUUUUAAAACAGGUCAAAAUAUGGUUGGAUUCAGACAUUAAUGUUUUAGAUACAAACUUUGUGCAUGUUUUGAAUUGUUUUAUCUUUUAUGUUUUCAUCUCUAUAUUUCACUGAAGAAGUAGCGGUACAACAAGUUCUGCUUUUUUAAGCUUCUUUGACACUCCUCCAAAAAAUGUAGAACUAUACAAUUUGAUUAGCAGAAGUUAAAACUGUUUUCCCACAGAAGAAAAAAGAAGUUACACUUAAACCUUCUAAGAUAAAACAGGUCGGUUUGCUCUUGACUGCUUGACUUGGGUUGGGUACAAUUUUAAGUAACAAACUAAAGGUAAGAAUAAACUUUUUAGUCGGAUAUGUUUGUUUGACACUUUUGAACUGGAAUUUCAUUCUGAUAUAUUUUUUUAUUAUGGAAAUUGAAAUGUUUUUUUUAUUUUUUUUUUACUUUUUUUCAGCUUAAUAUGCUAUAUUCCUGUGCAUAAACUGAAAAAAAUCUUGUUUUGAUGAGGCAUUUUUAUUCUUUACAGAUGAAAUAUUUUAAAAGUGCUCUUUGUUGGAAAUAAUGAAGUUUAUGUUACACCCGAGCACAAUCAUUGAGAGGCACAACGUUUGCAUUUAUUUACAGCUGCAACAUUUUUGCAUUUUUUUUUAAUUUACUUAUUUAUUUAAAGCUCUUUAUUAGAUAUAAAGCUUAAUUCACGAAGUGAGAUAAAAUCAGAAGGGUUAAGAGGAAAUUGAUAAAUUCACACCAACCAUAUAUGGAACUUUAGACAUGAGCUGCACCACGAAAAUGCAUCCUGUGACAGAACACUAAAAACGGUACACUCCACAUCGGAUAAAAAAAAAAGAAAAGAGAAUACUCUUACACUUUACUAGGUUUUUCUUUGGAUUUGAGUACUGCCUUUAUGCAUAGCAACAAAAUAGUAAAGCUACUGGUUGAAAAUUGAUUUUUAGUCAACAUCAUUUUCUUAAACACAUGUCGGUUGUAGCUGAUGGACAAACCAACCAAAAGUACGUAUUUUAUUUUAAAUUCAACCAUCUAAUUAGGGAACAGAGUUAACAAUGAUCUUGUUGGAAAAUACAAAACCUGAAAGAUGGUCAAAAUACCUUUGUCUUAAUUCAGUUAGCACUUUUUUAAACAGAAUACUAACAUUUUCUGUUAUUUAUUUAUUUGGUUCAACAAUGAUUAUCUCAUUGGCUCAUAUGAAAAUGCUUACACCUCUGGAAGUGUGCAGAUAUUGAUAAUUUCAACAAAACUAAACGUUUAAGCUGCAUUUCUAGUGUUUUGCUGUUGCACACGUGUCAGUUUCAGUUUAUUUUCCCAAUUUAUGCACCCAAUCUCCAAGAAAAAGGUGCAGACAGACAGAAACAUUUCCUAUAAAUUUAAUUUUAAUUUUUUUAUUCUUUUUAUUUUUUUCAGAGAACAGGCUUCAGUGAAAAUGAAUGCUCUUAUAUUUGGGUGGUUAGUAUUAUUGACUCACACAAACAGUAAGUUCUUUGUUCUAUAAUAACACAUGCUGCCCAACUGAAUUCUAUUUUAUGACCUGAAUUGUCUAAUUAUUUUUUCCCACUCUUACAGAAAUUUCUUGUUGGUAUUUUCUUCCUGAUGUGAGAAAUGAGAUCACAGCUGAAGAAGGAUCCUGUGUUGAAAUCAAAUGUGAAUCCCUAAAUUUUACUGUGGAUACUGAUGGUGCAAACUGGUUUUGGAUGAAGGAUCCACACUGGACUGACGGAGGCUUAAUUGGGACUGCAAUUUACAGCACUGAUGAGUCAUGGUGGUCUGUCAGUCCACUCUUUAAAAACAGAGUGACACAUACAGGCUCUACACAUGGAACUGGUGGAAGACAAAAAGCUGAUCAACUGUUUAAAAUUAAAAUCUGCAAUCUGACUGAGGUUGACAGUGGAGGUUAUAUCUUAAGAUAUUAUGCAAAAUAUACAGCACCACAGUACCGGGACCCAUUACAUCACAUUUAUCUAACUGUUGGUGUCGUUCCUCAAGUUGAGAUUCUGAUUCAGAAUCAGAGUGAAGGAACAUUACAAGACAUCAAAGAAGGAGACAACAUCACUCUUGAGUGUAAACUGAUUAAAAGCAACCCAGAACCUGACAUCUUUUCCUGGCAUAAAGAUGGGAAACACCUUAAGAAUGGUCAGAUUUAUGAAUUGAUCAGGAUCAAACCAGAGGACAGAGGCAGAUACACAUGUGGAGCCAGAAACAAGUUUGGUUGUGGAACGUCAAAGUCCAUUUAUCUUGAGUUUAAAUUCAACAUGAGCACGGCAACAAUUUUGAGGAUUUUGUUUGUUGUCCUGAUUUUGAUCAUCAUAGUUGUUGUUUUCUCUCUGUACAGAAAGAAUAAAUUACUUCAGCGGGGAACUACGAACAAAGAAGUCUGCAGUGAUGUGGUGGAACAAGAAGUCCAGAUGGAUGAUGAGGACAUCAAUGAUGAGCAUGCAGCGGAACCUCUGGAUGCAUGUGACUGGGUCUAGGAAAUUUAAGACCUCAUAAUAUAUUUUUGCAGACAAAGGCAAGAUUUUUGUUUACCAGAUCUGCUGAAAUUAAUUGAAAUUGUGCAUUAUUGAGUAAAUACGACAGUUAAAAUUUCUCCAAUGCAUUCUGAGAGAUUGGAAAUAGGAAAUUAUGAUUCUAAAUAGGAAAGAAGGCAACAAGGAUUAGUUCUAAAUUCUAUUUAUUUUCUUUAAAUACAAAAACCUUUAUUUUUUUCUGAGAUUUAAGAAAGAGAUAGGAUUGAAGUAUUCAGGUGUUGAGUUCUAG